UGGCGACUGAAAUUCCUGAACUUUUCGGCUGACACUUUAAGUUGAAUAUUUUUCUUCAAUCUCCGUCCAAAAUAUUGAUGCGAAUACAGAGUUUCACAAGGUAAAGUUUUGGUAAAAUGUCUGGUAAUAAUCACACAAUGGAGUUUGUCUCUUUGCCAGAAGGCACUGGAUUGAAACCACAGUUAGAUUCUAUAUUUGCCGAAGUACAAGCUAAUCUUCCGUCCAUUGACUUUGAACUCUCAGAUGCCAGUUCUGAUGAGGAGGUUUCAAUAUUCAGCAGAUCAUUAAAGGGAGAUCUUGAUAUGCAAGAUGGAGAUGGGGUAACAUGGGAUUCACAAAAAGAACAGAAUGACAUAUGUGAUGGUUUUGAGUACAUGCAAAGUUGGAAUCAUCAUAAUGAUGGAGAGGUGAAAGAAAAGAUGAAAAGCAAAGGAGUUGGAACUGAACAAAUGCAUGUAGUAGAUGAAGACAAGGAUGUGGUUAGCGAGGAGGAGGAAGUGGAGCAGGAAAAAGAUUCAUGUCAAGAUGAAAUCAUUUUCACCAAUAAAUCAUCACAGGAAGCCAAAAUAAAAGAGAAUCAUUCAAACUCAACGUGGUAUUGCACCUACCUGCCAUCAGAGGCCCCAAAAUUAUCUCUGCAGGGAUUGGGUAAUGUUGAUUUAGAUGUACUGUUAGAAGAGAUUAAACAGGAGAAGGGCAGCUCAGAAACAAUAGAGGGAAGCAAAGAAUCUACAAUGAUGUCAACUAAUGUUGAUAAUUUUUCACCUAAAGAAGAUUAUAAAAAAGACAGUGAAUCAUUGAUGGACAAAUUAACACAGCUAUGUAUACAACAAUCAGGUGGUACAUUAACACAAGACCAGUUACAACCACAACACCAUUAUGUCAGAACUAUAAAAGAGGCAUGGACUGAAGAUACAAAGAAACCAACUGAUUCUGGUGAUGCUACACCAACACAAAGUGUUUUACAGACCACUCCAGAUACAGUAAUACCAGAUGCACAUACACAAAAUGAGGAAAGAGAAACUGUAUACUUAGAUUUACGAAAUUUUGGGAAAACAAAUUCUGAGCAGUCACCAGGAGUUGAUGCAAUUCAAAGAAUAUUAGGUAUUCAACAAGAAGGUGAUGAUGUAUCAGAUGAUAGUGAUGAUGACCAUAAUGAUGCUAUUUUAUGGCAUGAGCAGAGAAAACAGAUCCGUGAUAGAAUCGUUCAAGGUCAAGUACCACCACCUGAAAUGUGGGCAGCAAGACGACCUGCUGCUAAUUAUAAACCUACAAGAAAAGUAACAAAAACCAGAACUAGUGAGUUACUUGCCAAGCAACAGAAAGAAAGAGAAAUGGAGCCAGAAGAAAGUAGACCUGAAGACAAAAUUGUGGUAACUACUUCAACACUUGAACUGAAGUCACCGUUAUCUGCACCAACUGAGCUAAAAAAGGAGGAAGAAAAAAAGGAAAGAAUUGAAGCUGCUAAGAAAUUACGUGAACAAAGAGAACAGGAAAGACAAACACGACUCCGAUUACAACGUCAGUUGGAAACAUUGCGGCCAAGAUGUUCAGCUUCAGGAAAGAAUACCAGUGCAGAUUGUACACCAAUAGUAUUUGAUAUGGAAUCAUCUUAUGAACCAUCACCAGAGACAUUACCAUCCAUAUUAAAGAAAGAACAAGAAUGUCUUUUGUUAACAAUUCAUAUGUCCAGCAAUGGUGCAGUUAUUGCACACCGUGGUAGUGGUAAUAAAAGUAUUGAUAGUAACACAAGUAUAUCAUCUACUCAUGCUACACUGAUUACCUGGCUAUUAUCAUUAGUACCUGACAAUUAUGAUUUCUUGCAACAUGAAGUACUAUCUGUCAAACCAGAAAUAUCAGAAGUUGCACCGUUUUAUGUGAUUGGUUUACAACAACUUUGGCAGGAAAACUAUCUAUCUUUGGUUGUUGCCAUCACACCACGAGAUAAAUCCAAAAUUAAAAACAUACCAGCUAAAAAGAAAUCCCGACUGAGAGAUGAAAUCAAAGAUAUUUCACCGUUCCAACAUAGUGUUAUGAAAUAUUUGACAACACACACAUUGCAUACAGUUUGUCCAUGGUUGCAAGGUAUAUUUGCAUGUGAAGUUAGUGCCAAAGGUGAACUGAAAGCAGCUGCACUUGAUAACAGUGGAGUUCAAAGUGAUGGUUCAUAUAUUACAUCUCUACCUGUAGUCACAAGCAAACCACUGUCUACGUUUAUUGCCAUAAGUCCUUAUACACAGGCUAUGUGGAAGAUAUUUAAUGCUCCUGUUGGUUUCUUCUGGCAAACUGUAGAUUCAGAUGAAAAUAUUUUAGAUCAAGAUGUAUGUAAUGAUUACAACAGUAAUCCUGCUGUACAAAUGACAAUGAGUCUAAUUUAUAAGCAUAUCUACCGUACACCUGAUGCUAUGAUGGGUAUCAUGCAAAGAGUUUUACAGGAAGGAUUGGAUUUAGCUGGUAUUCGAUUACUUUAUCCUACUGGCAACUUGAUACCUAGUAUGCAUGCCAUACCCAGGAAAGAAGAUACAAGUAAUGACUUGGAUAUGCUCAAUAAUGUUGGUGGUAUCAUUGCAUUAGCUUUACGUGGUCAUUGUGCUAGAAGUAAAUGGCUUGAUGCAGUUGGGCCUUCAGAUCCACAACUUGCCAGAAGAACUGAUCCCAACUCACUGUGUGCUAAGUAUGGUGGACAGAGUAGGGAUGAAUCGUGGCUUUUCUGUCCACGCAAUCCUGCCAGGAUCAAUUCUGAAUUGUCUCGCUGGUUUGGUGGCCGAGUGCCAUCUAGUGGGUCCAUUGAUGUUGGUGUCACCAAUCCAGUCGUGUCUGCUAAAGCUAAGAAAACUGCUCGUACUCAGAGCCCAUCAAGGAGGAAGUCCAAGAAAGGCAAUGUUAGUGAGGAUCAAUUGAUGUGUUUACCAAACCGCCGUCCACCAGCCACCUUGACUGCUACAACACAAGGAGAUAUAUUUCUUACAGUAUCUCCUCUCAUACCAACACAUUGUAUUGGUACUAUUAUUACUGUCUGUCACAAUAGAGGAUUUCAAUUACGUGGUAUUCGUAGGAUGAGAUUAAGUGUCAAAAGAGCCAACAGUAUAGGUAUUGUUGGAUCGCAGUUGUAUGCAUUCUGUCCAGUAGCAUUUCAUGAACCAGUGACACCAAAGAACUUAGAUGAUGCAAUCUAUGAACAGUUACAUAAUGGUAGCAGUGGAUCUUAUCGCCCUCCAAGACCAGCUACUAUACUGUUACUAAGAAAAGAAAAUGCUGCAUACUUAAUGUCUUCACUCAAUGAGGCAUUAAUGGUUACUUUCUCUCUCAUGGGUUUACUAAGUGAAAUUCAAAGUAGUUAUGAUGAAAGAAUACAGUGCCAUCAUUGUUUUCAUUCCACUCCAUACACUGAUAGUCUAUUGCAGAUCUUUGGAGGUGAUUUUAGUCGUACACCGCAUGAAGAAUCCAGAACCAUUAUGCCCUCAUCUGGUCAUUUCUAUUCUAAUGCUGAGUUAGAACAAAUAGUCGUGAUCACAUUAACUGGUGUUCAAGUCAUGACAGAUAUUGGAAAUACAUUAAGACGUAUACUAAGUGUCACAGAUAAGGGGUCAACUGCAGACACUGCUGAUUGGUUUGAACUACUGGGUAUUAAAUGGCUACCUUCAUUGUCUACUGUACAGGCUAAAGAGAUUACACCAUUUGAAGUUGGUGAUAAGCAAUGGCAUCCAAGUAUUAAAACACUGAUGUCAUCACCAGCAUUGGUUUGUGUGUUAAGAGGAAUUAAUGCAUUUCAUAAAUUACAGAGCCUGCUAUCAAUUCCGAGAACAUAUAGUAGUUUUUCAGGUAAUCCAUUAAAUGUCUUGAUGUCACCAUCAGCUGAGGUUGCAUACAGACAAACUGUUAUGUUCUUCCAUGAUAAGGAGUGUUAUGCCGAUCCGACUAUGAGACCCAAUUUAUGUUAUCUACCACCUGUGAGGUCUGGUCAUCUUGUAACACCUGGUACACCAGGAAGUCCCACUGAUCUUUGGAAUGAUGAUAUGUCAUUAAGUAAAGUACCCAAGAAAAGACGUAAAAGAAAAUCACCAGAAGUUGUCUAUAUUGAGGAGUCCAUAUUUGGUACUAUGUUGUCAGGUGCUAGAAUGUUGACAACAGUAGCUGUUAUUAAACCUGAUGCAUUGCGUAAACAUCUUGGAAAGAUACUCAAAAGAAUAUGUCAAGAAGGAUUUAAUGUUGUUGGUAUGAGAUUAGAUCUCUUGACUGAAGAUGAAGCCAAAUUAUUGAUUCCUAAGAGUGAUCUACCGAAUGAAGUAUUAUGUAAGAUGCAUUGUGAUUACCUAACAUCAGGAGCAGUGUUGAUAUUAUGUUUACAACGAGAAAAUGCUGUCAAGAAACUAUUAGAUUUAAUGGGACCAUCCAAUCCGCAGGAAGCAAAGAAGAUGAAUCAAUUCUUGUGGAGAAGUUUGUUUGGUGUUGAUCCAAUCAACAAUGGACUAUAUGUCACUCAUAUUAUCUUGCAGAUUAUGUGUCCAGCUCAUGAUCCUAUUGUUGAUGACGGAAUGAAUUCCCAGCAUAAAUUUGAAAUAAAAAGUAGUACAGAAUGUGUUAAUGGUAGCUCAAUGAAUGGUGAAGAUACUUCCCCAACAACUACUAGAAGUAUGGGUACAAGUACUACAAAAAGUCAUUUACUACCAAUUCUUAGUAAACUAAGCCAGACCAACUGUCUUGUGUUCAUGUCACAGUUACUUUUAUCAACAAGUAAAACGCGUAAAGGUUAUGUUCAGAUUAUUGAUGGAAUGUUAUCAAUGGGUUUUGAUAUAGUUGGAUUACGAAUGGUAUGGUUAACAUUACAACAAGCGCAGUAUUUAUUAAAGAUCUCAUCACUCACAAACCCUCAUAUGGCUGAAGUACUGUGUCAAGGUGCCUGUAUUGUGAUGGCUGUACAAAGAGAUAAUGCAAUCACAUGUUUUGAUUCCUUACUAGAUAGUCCGUACCAAGGUGAUUCCUUACUUAAGAAAUAUGGUAAACUUAUUAUCAGACCAAAAGACUCCAUUCAGGCUACAAAGUUCCUGGAGUUGUUCUUUGACAAGUUAAUGCCACAUUGCCAGGGUCAAAUAACAUAUACACACUGAGUGCACAUUGAUGGACAUUGCAUCAUUCUAGAACAAUUGUCUUCCAUUGAACAUUAAUUUGCUCACUAUAUAUAGCUGUAUAUUUGCUGAUUUUAAUAUUUCUCAACAAUGAAAACAGUACAUCACAUCAGUACAUUAUUUAUAGAAUUUUUUGAGGACACUUAAGUUCCCUUCCAUUUGCAACUAUUUCAGAGGAUUGCUUAAUGUGCAAUAAUGAAGUUGAAAUGUACAUUUUGUUAUUUGUUGUAUAUAUUUACAUUUCCAAAUUAAUUUUACAUAAUUAAUUAAUUAGCUUUGCUAACAAGUUAAGCAUGCAGUAUUUGACAGCUCAAUGAUUUCAAUGUUUUUAUGUGUAUGUACAUUUAACAGUUGACUAUAGAGAGAAGACCUCUUACUUUGUUGUAAUUCACCAGAACAGUUCAAAAUGAUAAAAACAUUUAUUGUAUAAAUCUGACAUAAAUGUACUGUAUUGUGAGUAUCCCAGAUUUAAAAUAGAUAUGAAAGGUUAUCAAAUCAAAGAAAUCAAUUUAACCAGUUCACCCUCUCAAUUUAGUAAAAAAAAACUGUCCCAAUGAAACUAAAUUCUAAGUGUAUGUGACUAUGGUACAGUACAUAGAUCAUUGCUGACCUAGUUCACACAAUAUGUUACAGGCUGUUGUAUUUAUACAUGAAUGUACAAACCUUGUUAUUAUAAUUGUGCCAAUCUGCCUCUCUAUAAUCUGGUAAUCUUGUGUGCUGGUUUAAUUAGUUCAGCCAUGCAUCUACAGGAAUAGCUAUUACUGUAUGUUAUUACCUCAAAACUUAUCAUAGAAUUAUUUUCACACACCGAAUCUGCAUCCUUAUUUAACACUGUAAAAUAAACCUUGGUUCAGGAUGACCAAAUAAUUUGAGAUAUUUCACAUUUAGUAUUUGUAUGAAUUCCUUGUAAUUACAAAUGUAUUCAUUCUUGUAUUAUAUUAUUGUACAGGUUGAUUUUUAUAAUUUUAAAUAUUAAAAUUUGGAAAUAAAUUUGUUUGUGUAU